AGUAAUAAGAACUACAAAGCACAUGCUAACAUAAAAAGAAAACAUGUUGAAUUUAUGGAAGGAGACAUGGUUAUGGUAAGAAUCAGACCCAAGAGAUAUCGUAGGAGAUCAAAUAAGAAGCUUCACUCACGGUGUGCUGAACCUUAUAAGAUUAUUAAAAAAAUUAUCUCAAAUGCUUAUGUUCUUGAUCUACUUGAUGAUAUGGGCAUCAAUAACAUCUUUAAUAUUGGAGACUUGACAUCCUACAAUGGACAUGAUGACAACACCUCAAACAUAACCAGUGCAGAUCUUCCUUUUAGCCCACCCAUAAAGGAAGAAAUUGAAGAUGUUCUUGAUCAUGGCAUAGUUUCAACUAGAGAAGGUGGUUAUCAAAGGUUUCUUGUCAAGUGGAAAGGAUGUUCACUUUCUAAUUGCACAUGGAUUAUAGAAGAGGAAUUUCAACAAUUAAAUUCAACUCUCUAUGAUGAAUUCCAUGCUUCUAACUCGACAGGGUCGAGUUUCUUCAAGCAAGGGAGAGAUGACAGGGCACGUUGGAAGCAACCCCCAAAGGUUUACAAAAGGCAAGCCAAAGUUGGUUCUAAAGCCCAUGCUUUAGUUUGGCACAUGGCCAAUGAUGAGAAGCUUAGUUGGGAGCUUAAUUAAGUCUUUUACUAGUAGUUUAUUAUUAUUAUUUUUUUUAAACUAUGUAAUUUUUGUUAGGUCCUAGUUGGAUUAGAACUUCUAAUGUAGACUUCUAUUAGGAGUUUUAAUAGUUCUUAUAUAUAUAUAUGUUUGUAAGUUUCUUUAGACAUUCAGUUAAUAAUAUUAGAUUUUUCCA